UGUGUGUGCUGUCAAAGGACACACAGCAAAGAGAGAGAGAGAGACACACACACACAGAUAGGAAGGACUAUGUGAGAGGUUGACAAUCUGAAGAUCGGAAAUAAUUAGACAAACACUUGAGACAGUAGAGAGCGAAAGAGUGAAAAACAGUCUGAGAGAACAAUGAAGAAAAUCAGAAGAACGACCAGGACCUGCAGACAUGAACAACAGAAGACCAACAUAUGUGAAAAGGAAAUUAAGCGCCAAGAACUGGCACUCUAGCUACAUCCGACGAGCCACCAUGGACGACCGUUCAUCCACCCAAUCCUUCUCCAACCUCCACCACCAUCGCCAUCGCCCGCCUUUUCACCUCACUCUGCCCAGCCUUCAAAGCCCCGAACUGGGUUACCCGUCCUCUCAGCCUGCCCUGGACACGCUGGAGCAAUAUGGAAGUAGAGGAGAAGAAUCCACGACCUCCUUCCCGACUUCGAGCACCUCUUCCGUGGGAAGGAGGGCGAGCAGUGGGGGUGACAGGGGCUUGUUAAACACAAGCGGUUUGGAUGGAGAUGCUAACCUGGGAGGCCAUCUUGACGGAGAAAGCGGGAUAAGCAGCCAUUUUUCUGACACUUGGUAUGGCGGUAGUAAAAAAGAGGAAGUUUGGGAGGAUGGGGAGAGUUGUGAAAGCACUGCAGACGAUUUUUAUAGUAAAGGCGAUUGCUACAAUCACGCAAAUGAUGUUUUUUACACCACAAAUUGUGGCAACGAGGAAGGAGUCAGGCGUAAAGUCAGAGCAAACUAUAAUAAUUAUGCCCAUGUUGGCUACGAAGCUAAAAGUGAGACAGUUUACAACAGGGAGGCUAACGUUAGCCACUUUACUAAACAACCUACUUCCUUCAACAGGAGUACGACAGGAAGCUUUAGUGACAACAGUGUAGAUUAUUGCAGGACCGAUUCAAGAGUGAGUGAUAAUUAUUUAGGUAGAGAAGAGGAUUAUGGGUCCAGCUGUGGCUCAGGUGAGGAUCAGCUUCAACCGGCAGAGGUUGAGGGACCCUGGCUGAGUGUUUCUCCCUCGAGUCAGACCGGAGAGAGCAGAUGGAGAGGAACAGCAGACGCCUACAGUUUGGCCUCAGGAUGUCUACCGCCUAUUGGCAUCAGCAGUGGGACGUACACUCAGAAACUGGACUCCUUUUCUGAGGCCUUCCUUUCCCAGCGAAAGAGAAGAUUCCCUAUGAUCACUAGCAGGGAUUCCUCUGGACAGAUCUGGGAAUUUGGUGAAGGGAGAGGAGAAAGCCCCGGAGUGGCAAAGUCAAGGCACAGCUGUGCUUUUGAUUCAGACUACCUUCCUCCCUCGUCGUCUUCCCCCGCUCACCCUUCUCAUGCGUCUUUCCCCUCUCCACCCACAUCAUCUCACCUCAUGUCUUCAGUUCUUAGUCCUCCUCCCACACCUCUACCCCCUCCUUCUCACUCGCCCUCCAAAAUGGACUCUCCCGGCGCAUUCAGCGGCACCGGACAUUCAGUGUCCCAGGGUGGGGAAUCACUUGGUACGCUCCAGUUUUUCCCUUCCCGCUUUCAGCCACUUCCGUCGAUCCAUUCCUCUGGGAUGAUAUGGAAGCUUCCCCUGCUGCCACACAGUUUCCCUCAGUCGUCAGGCGACCCGAGCAGCAUCGAGGGCAACCACCUGAGAUCUUCUCAUGGUGGUGACUGUGGCAACAUCACAGUCUCGCAAAACGUCCUCCAGUCUCCAGAAUCGUCAUUCCUCACUUCGCUCCACCCAGCCAGUACCCUCUGUCCGUCCAAUACUCCAUCCCUCCUUCCAUCCUUUCAUCUUCCCUCUCAUCCAUCUCACGUUUCCGGGCAACAUUAUGAGGCAACGGAAAAGAUAGCACCUUAUGUGGUGAGCCAGAAAGUAAAGAACGGACCGGUCAAUCUGAACCAACCACGGCUACAACUACAACAACUACAGCAACAAACUUCCCAGAGAUACACUGGAACUCCAUUUCCAAGUAUCCUUCGCUCCAGGGGUCAAAAGAGGGGUCGCUACACUCCUCGGCCCCUUUUGAAUCCUCUGCGCAGGGGGAGGGGGCUGUACUCGUCCCUCUCAUCACUUCAACUCAGAGAUGAAACAGCGUGCGGAGAAGAGGAUGAGGGCGAUGUGUUACCGUAUGUCAACGUCGGUCCUGAUUUUCAAGCAGAGCUUCCUCCAUGCUUUGCACGUGGCAAGGGGCUGGAGGUGUGGUCACCAAAGGAGGAAUCGCCUUGGGAACAGUUGCUUUGGAAACCGUGGGACGAGCUGGAGGAGAGUACCAACUUACAAGACCGAGUGGGGACGCUGUUGUCCAUGUGUAGUUCCAGCUGUUUACCAGGAGGGGGCAGUAACACAGAGCUGGCUCUGCACUGUCUGCACUACUGUCAGGGGAACACAAUGGCCACGCUGGAGAUGCUGCUGUUCUCACAGCCCUCACCGACAGGAGACUACCACUACUCUGGUAGUGAUUCUUGGACAGACAGUGAAAAGAGUCUCUUCAGUGCAGCUCUGGGAACUUACGGAAAAGAGUUUUCGCUCAUACAGAAAAUGGUGAAGACCAAGACCGCGUGUCAGUGUGUUGAAUUUUUCUACCUGAGUAAGAGGAUCCAGGACAAGCAGAAGAAACAGAAGGAGGAAGAGGAGAGUAAACAAGGAGAGAUGGAGCAGCAAAAAAGUAUAACGCCCACCUGUCAGCCAGUGAACCGACAGUUUGGUCUGGAGGAGGCAGUUCCCGUGCCUUCAUUGGCCAGCUUCUUCCCCUGCAAGCUGUGUGGCAAGAUGUUCUACAAGAUCAAGUCCCGCAAUGCUCACAUGAAGAUCCAUCGCCAGCCGCAGGAGGAUUGGACCGACAGGCGGCUGCAGCACCAGCUCCUCGCCCAGCGUCUGGCUCUCAGUCGUACCACCAACAUCAUACCCACCGUAGGCGGUGCUCUUCUCCCUCCCCAGGUUCCAGCUCGGUCCUUUUCCUCCUCUGGCCUCCCUGCAACCCCGAGCAACAACAGCAAUGCAGACAGUGUCCUCAACUCUGUAACCAGUAGCAACGCCCUCGCUCCCAGCAAUACCAGUGUCCUAGAUCCCAGCACCGUCGUAGCAUAUAGCAACAUCGCUGUGUCAAACUCUCAUGUAAUCACUAAUAUUGAUGGCGGAGACUCGAAUCAAAGAGAGCCCACCACUGUCUUACCUUUCCACCAGACAUGGGGCUCAUUUGGACACGGUCCUGACCCCGUUACCUUCUACUGCACCACAGAAGGGAAAGAUGAUGUAGCAGCUGGGGCAGUGGGGGGAAAGGAGUCAAUCAACUGGCCUUAGUGUUUAACUCGCCUAAGCAUUACCACCACCAGCAGUGUUUUCAAUUCAAACUAACGUUUAAAGGUCCAGUGUGUCCAAUUUAAGCGUCUCUAUCUACAUAUAAUACGGCAGAGAUGAAAUAUAAUAUACAUAACUGUUUUUUCAUCAGUGUGUAUUCACCUGAAAAUAAGAUUUGUUGUGUUUUUGUUAGCUUAGAUUGAGCCUUUUACAUCUGCAGAAGCAGCAGGUCCGCUUCCACAGAGUCCUCCAUGUUUCUACAGUAGCCCACAAAGGACAAAAUAAACACUGGCUCCAGGUAGGGCCUUUUGUGUUUUUUUGUAGCCAUAGCAGUUUCUUCUUCUUCAGACUAGAUGCCACUAAAUCUUAGAGUCAAACUUAAAUGCUUUUUUCAAACAUAUUUUUUCGACAACAUGCGCUUGUUUUUGUUGUAAAUUGUGUAAUUAAGCAUGUUACAUAUUUAAAUGUUUCUUAUACGUUUGACAUUUGAAUAAAAUUUGUA